AUAUUUCUCGGUGUUCUUGGAACUUCGAUUAAAGAGCGUAGAGCCAUCUUGAGAAAUUACUUAUUCACGACAGGGAGCUCCAGCUUGUUUCCUCGACUGAAAACAAUUGAAAUGGUUUUGCACUCAACUGCAACAGACUGGCAAUCUAAAAUCUUGAGGAAAGAGUACCAGAACUGGUUGGCUGUUGGCCAUGCCCUCUCACUGAUGUGCGAUGGUCUAAGGCCUUACGUGGAGAGGGAGAUGAAAGCGUUCCAUCAAGCUUUACUGGUGAAUCUCGCCACUGCACCCCCUUGUACUUGCACAAGGCCUCCAAAACACUCUUGCGCCUGGGCUGUACAACUUGCAAGGUGCCACAGAGGGGGAAAACCUAAUUCUCCCAAGUGGCACCAGAGUGACUCUAGCAAAUGGACAGAUCCUAUCCAAGGUUACUGGGAAGUGGCUAAACUUUUUAUGUCCGAUUUAGGGCCUAGUAAGGCUACUAUCGUGGACGCGAGUAGUACUGACUGCACGGGGUUAACCAACCUCAUGUUUUGGUGCAUUUAUUUCCGUGUUCAAGUACACCUUGUUGAUGCCGUGCGAGAGAUGCGUAAUACAAAAUGGGGGCAUGCCGCAAGACAGGAGCUCACCGAUGGAGAAAAGGUAGAUGCAUUGACAGAUAUCCGAAAUCUCCUACAGGAUCCGGAGCUAGCUGCUGACAAUGACGCCAAAGCAGCCCUUUCAGAGAUAAGUUUAAUGGAAAAGAACUUCGAUGCGCAAAGUGUAGAGAGAAAGGUACUGGCUGACUUCCAGGUUACAGUUUAUGGUCAAUUGGAUGGUAUUGGGGACGAAAUCAAAGACUUGAAGCGAAAUUGCACAAGUUUCAGCAGAAAGGUGCAAAAGAAACUGUCAUCCUUAGAACGUAAACAAAGCAAGAUGUUUAAGCUUUUGCAAAGUAUUGAAGACAGAAUGGAAGAUGAAAGGAAUCGGAAUAUUUCAUAUGCCACGCAAGUCUCUAACCUUGCAAAGGGUGCAUUCUUGGAAACCAAACACAAAAUUCUCUCAAACCUUCGUAGCUUGAACACCCGUUCUCUAGCGGUUUGGAUGGUUGUCAUAGUAUUCAUGGGAAGCUUAAAAUGUCUGAACCACAAUUCCUACAAUGAUGGAUGUCCCUUGGAAACUGGCAGUGUUCCUUUUAACACAAAGGAAUUCAAUUUUACUAGGAACCUAAAUGCUGCCCGAGAAAGCUUCACAGGACGUCAUUGGCUCUACCAAGAAUUAGAGUCACUUUUGAGAGAACAACAUAAUGUGACGGGAGUUGUGGUGGUUGGUGAGCCAGGUACAGGGAAAUCUGCAUUAACCGCCCAGCUGAUUUGUUCCCGUUCAUCCAAUCCUUUCAUUCACAAGAGAAUCAUUGGUUACCAUUUAUGCAGGUAUUCAGACCAGUCAACGCAAGAUCCCGGUCGACUUGUACGUAAUUUAGUCCACAUGAUGGCUAGAAGGGUUCCAGAAUACGGGAUGUUGAUUUCCAACAGUUCGUUUAUACUUGAAAUCCUUCAACGAAGUUGUUUGCGAGAUCCCUACGACUGCUUCGAACAAUCUGUUGUGGUUCCAUUACGGCAGCUAAAAAAUAAACUUCGAGAUUCUUUUAUAGUCAUUGAUGCCUUAGAUGAGUGCUCUACUUACGACGGUGGAACUGCAAUAGCUCAAUUUAUAGAAGAAACUUUUAGCAGGCUUCCAAAAUGGAUAACGCUUGUAAUGACCUCGCGAAAUGACUCCACUGUAUUGAAGCAUUUCGCUAAGAUUCGAAAAGUAUAUUUGUCUCCGUCAGAUGUAAGGAACUUGCAAGACAUUGAGAUCUUUAUUGCAACCAAAUUAUUUGAAGAUGCAUCCUUUCUUGCUAAGCUGAAAGUAAUGUUGGGCUUCAGCAGUGGUGAAGAAAUUGCCUUUAUGACAAACAAGUUAUUAAGUCAAAGUCAAGGAAAUUUCCUGUUUGUGAAAGAGAUGUUCCAUUUUUGGAAAGAUGACAGGAACAAUCAAAUCGACUUAAACCAGCUUCCGAAAACAAUUGGCGGUAUAUACGAGAGUUACUUGAGAAGGGUUUAUGGAUCAAGAGAGAAAUUUAAACCUGCCUUGGCAGUGCUAGAGGUCAUGGUGGCAGCCUUUGAACCUUUGCACGUUGAUCAUUUGUUCCAAGUUUUAAAAAUGCAGGAAAAGAUCGACUAUGAAUACGAUUUUGUUUAUACCUUGAAAGGGCUAUCGCAUUUCAUUAGAUAUGGGGAAGGAAACACAAUCACUCUUUUUCACCUUUCUUUUACGGAGUGGCUCACCAGCAGGGAAAACCUUGGAAACCCGUACUAUGUGAGUCGGAGUCAUGGCCACAGACGCCUAGCUGAGUACUAUUUGAGCAUUGUGAAACAAGCUCAAAAUUCGUCAAUGGAUAUUUAUCGCUUAGCACAACAUAUUAGCUUCGAGGACACUGAUGACGGUUUCCUCGAGGAGUUCCGCAAUAUCAAAGCUUCGUACAUAAAUGCUACAAUUGACAGGAAUAAAAGGACACUUCUUCACCUCGCUGCCGCUAAUAACAAUCGAAGAAUUCUUCAGAUACUUCUUCCUGCGUUUGAAACCAUUGAUUGUGAAGACAACUAUGGAUUUACACCAGCAUUUGUUUCUGCAUUGAAUGGCAUUGCAGAAAACGUCGACUUUCUCCUAAGUAUGGGAGCCAAUAUCGAACACCGAACAAAGCCACCACCUUCCCCAAGAUUUCUGUUGGACGAUGACGUCGUUUUGAGUGAUCCUAUUGGGCGAUCCAGAACAGCGUUUUGGCACUCUACAAUGAUGCAUGCAGCUGCAUCGGGAGGUCAUAUUGAUGUUAUACGAGGCCUGCUGAAGAGAAAUGCUUUAUUUCAUGACGCAAAUGGGGUCAACUUGACCGCUAUCCAACUAGCGGCACAAAGUGGGCAUUUAAGCGUUGUUCAGCUUUUGUUCCAAAGUGGAGCACAUGUAGAUCACGUGACACUUCAACAUGCAGCUGCUGGAGGUCAUGCAAACGUUGUGAAUUUUCUUUUGAAGGUUGGAGUGAUGGAUGAGUGCAUGCGAUGUGAUGGGUCUUUUUAUUGGCUUCAAGACACUAUCCGAUAUCAGGCAAUGCCUCAUUGCGAGUCCAGUGAUAAAAAGGAAUACGCUUUAUCAGACGACAAAUUUAAAAUUCUUUGUCAAAGUGCACUUCAUUUAGCAGUGGCUGGAAGCCACACUGAAGUUGUCAAAGUUCUUUUAUCCCAACCUGAUAAUGCAAUCCACUGCGUUGAUUUCACAGGACGAACAUCAUUGCAUGAAGCUGUAAGACGGAACAAUGUUUACAUCGCAGAACUUCUUAUCGUUAGCGGAGCUAGAGUUUCACAAAAGUGUAGGCAUUUUCAGAAUGUAUCUUCAUACGACCACUGGAUGCCAGGAAAAUUUACAAGUGAUGAAUUGCGCGGGAAAAAGUGUUCAUUUCUAAGUUGGAAGGAACAGAGAGAUUACAAUAAAGAUGUAUGUCAUUGCGGCUCGUCUCCAUUUCUACUCGCUGCAAGGUACGGUUACAUUGAAGUCGGUUCCUUGCUUUUACGUUAUGGUGCCCAACCACGAGAUAACGAUUGUCAAGGAGCCACGCCACUUCAUGUAGCGGCAUGCCAUGGCCAUUACAAUUUCAUUCGGUGGUUGAUUUCUCAAAGGCCGUACCUUCAUAUCAACUUUAAAAGCAAAAACCGCUCCACACCACUACAUAGUGGUGCCAUUUGUACGAUUAACAAGAACAUAAUACCCUUGUUAGAGAUGGGAGCUAGUAUUUAUGAUACUGAUCAGCACGGAAUGACCCCAUUACAUUAUGCUGUUUUUAAUAAGUUCGAAACGACUGUUCCAGUCUUGACUUAUACCACGAUGUCAGGCAAUCCUUACAGUGAUUCGUUCAACAUUAGAACUUUUAUCUGGAGUUCAAAGGGAGAUUUUACAAUAGCAGAUUCUCAUUGCAAGAUUAAAAGAUUUGUGUUUAACUUUCAGUGUGACAAACUGCUGCAAAUCCCCUCUCAACAGACACGUGGAGGUAACACGUACGUAAACAAGGCUGAUUAUCGUGGUAGAACACCUUUACAUCUUGCUGCAAAAAAUGGGGAAGAAUGUUCCGUGAUGACCUUAUUAGAAAUGGGUGCUCGUGCAUAUUUAACGGAUCUAAACUAUAAAACGCCAUUAGAUUAUGCCAUUGAAUUCGCCCCUGAUAUGCUCAGCUGUCACUGUGAAAGUAACAUGGACAUUGUAGCGGAGUGUUUGACGGAAACAUUUGAAAGGGUCUUGGCUUUAAACCAAAGGCAUCACAGCGCAGUAGCAAGUACCCUUCUUUCACGAGAACAAUGCUUUACGCGAACGUGUGACCAAAGAGCGAUUUCACUCUUGCACCGUGCCAUCGAGAAAGGCCAAGCUGUGAUCGCUUACCACAUUCUUUCGAUGGGAGGAAGUCUCGAAUGUAAAGAUGUCCAAGGACGAUCACCUCUUCUGGUAUACUUGCAAAAUGGUGGCAAGUGGCUUGACGUUGUUUUAAAUCGCUUUAAUGUAACAAUUCACGUAGAAUGUGACAAACCAUUUAACAAGUCUGAGUUUCAUUUGCUGGCAUUUACAAACCCCACAGUACUUUCAGAAAACCUUUUUGAAAAACACGUCUGUGAUCUGGAUUACUGUUACUCAGAAGAUGGCCCACUUAUGAAAGCUAUUAAGGCUCAUCCUUCGGGAUUUCGGGUAGUCGAUGAAUGUCGUGACGCAGAAGGAUACACAGCAUUACAUCGAGCUGCUCAAGGUGGUAACCUACUUGGACUAAGAACGUUUCUCUCGUGGGGUGCUAAUCCCACUGUUUUGACUCCUCACGGACACAGCUCUUUGGACCUUGCAAUUAUGUGUGCGGGAGCAAGCCCCUUUCCAUCCAGUCGAGGCAUAGAAAUCGCAGAAAGAGCGGCAGAUCUCUUGCUUCGAGCUACAAAAAGUUUUUCCCGUUUUGAAAUUGGAUGUAGUAGCAGCCAAGCAAAGCUCACAAUAUACCACUUGUCGGCUUAUAGAGGUCUGAGCGGUUUUGUUAAAACACUAUUUAAUGGUACAAGUCUUCGUUUCGAUGUUAAAUGUUCCAAUCUGCAUGGUAUAACACCUUUGUACCUUGCCAAAUUAAAAGUAGGGACUGUUAAUAGUUCAGACGGUGACAGAGACCUGUGGCAGGAGAUUGUAGACUUGAUUGAAGAAUAUGGGGGCGUACUUACCUAUCCUAGUCGAGAGGUAGAACUUAAUGUGAUCUAUAGACAUCUCUAUGGAAGCUACCCCAAUUCGUUCACGCUAGAAGAAUUUGAAGCCAGCGGCAAACAGUUUUACGAAAGUGAGGUUAGUGCAUGCAGGGAAGGCGACUUGAACUACUACCAGACUGGGACUUUAAUAAAUCCUUACAUGGAACCAGUCGAGAGAGAACUAAGGCGGAUAAGUGCUGUUUCCUUACCAAAGGUUAAAACGCAACGCGUGGUCGCUCUUGAUACAAAAGUGCUGCAAGAAACUCUUAGAACUCUCUUUGUGGCAUCAAGAGCCCUAAACGAAGUUUCCCAACUUAUGAAUGACGUUAACGAAGGAUAUAAACACGCUGAACUUGUGGGAAUCAAAGGACGAAAUGUCCUCAUAAAUACGUCAACAGUCCUGUCUAUUAAAAUCCCAAAACGCUUGAAAAGUUCUAAAACUACUCGGAAGUUACUGCAGAACAAGAAAAAACUAAGCCGUCAAGAAGAAACUAUUCGUGAGCUUCGUUUCUCAUGGGAGUCAACAAAAGCGAUCAAGUCCCACAGGAACGAACGCCUUAAGGCCAUUUUGCAUACGCACAGCGAGUUCUUUGGAGACAUAAGCGAAUUAUUGCAACUUCUAGAAAAACACGACGAAAGUGAACUGUGCGUGGAGGAGAUUUUUCAAGCCAAACUGGUAUCAUUAAAGUUUCGUACAUAUGUGCUUAAGUCCGAAGUUGAUGACCUGUUAACUUUGAUGCGAAAGUCUUACAAAAAGGCUGAAUUUGUAUCUAAAAGAAUCCCAAUUGAAUGGACAACACCAACAGUGAAUGGAUGGAAUCAAGCUGUCAAAUUUCUUUACAAACAGGCUACCCGCAGAGAUUUGGCUUUUGAUUACCUUAAAGACCUCAGUUUGGGUUUAGAUAAGGAAACCCGUAUUCCACUGAGUGUAGACACCUUAUAUAAUAGUGCUAAUGCAUGUUGAAAUUUCACCACCAAGCCUCGCAAUAUAUGAAAGUGUAAAUCGUACAUUUUAUCACGAGCAAAUUCCCAAAGCUAAGCAAAGAUGAAAAGAAUACCCAGGUAUAAACAACACGAAAGUGUCAGAGGUUUGAGAGAAUUUCGCGCAAAUAAGGUUUGGGGCUGAAUUUUGAGCAUGAGACAACAGGCUCCUUUGCGUAUGCAUACAACCAAUUUUUGGGAAAAACCUAAGUACUUUCAAAAAUUCCAGACGUUAAAAUUUCGGACGUUUUAUAUCGGAGGUUUAAUUUUCGGAAACUUUUUAUCUCAUUUAGGACAAAUUUUUUAACUAA